CACAAUAACUUCCUUUGCUUUCAUACCAGAGAUCAAAACGCAUGGCCUGACUUCAGUAUACAAGGAUAUCUGCCUUGCAUUGGAUGGUUUAUUGUUACAUUUUUGACAUUUUCCAUGUCAUACGAAGAUGUCGUAGCUCAGAAGAAAUAUCCUGUUUCACAAGACUCUGACCAUGGGCAAACUUAAGAAAUGCCUGACUUUUACUGUUUGUGCAUGGAUAUUUGGGAGCUAUCUCUUAUGUUCAGUUUCUGCCAAUCCCAGCCUCUGGGGAAAGAAGGUGGACUUUGUAGGUUUCAGGUCAUGUCAUUGGCAGCUGAGCAAAACCUUUAAUAUACCCUCUUUAUUGGAACUGAGUGUGUGUGUUGACAUCAAGCGAUGGAUCAGCACUCCAGAAUGGACUGCUUUUGUGUACACUAAGCCGGGAGGACACAAUAUCGAGCUUGGCUUAGGUGGAAUAGGGGGUAAUUUGAAAGCCUGGCUUUUUGGCUAUAAAUGGAUGGUUGCACAUGAGCUGCCCCUUGAGAGUUGGCACACAAUUUGUAUGACAUGGUCAAAUCUCACUCGAAAUUUCCAGCUGAUUAUUAAUGGCACAGUUUACUUAAAUUCUAAGGUAAAUGAUUCAAUGCCCAGUAGCCUGGCUCCGAAUGGCACUCUGACAUUGGGGGUAUCUCACAGAAUUGUUGGUGGAGUUAUGGUUUUUGAGACAGGAAAAAAUUUGCUUGGAGAAAUGACGCUGUUCCGUAUGUGGGGAUUGGUACUGACCCCACAACAGCUUACUGAUUUGAAGUGUAUUAGUGGAAACAUUGUAACCUGGAGCAUGAAUACCUGGGAGUAUCAAAGCUGUCCGCCCAUAAUCGACCACAAGCUAAAGUGUGAAUGUCCAAAGUAUAGGAUAAAUAUGGAAAUGUCCAUUACACAAAAGAUGAUUUAUAAUCUAAGUUUUGGUGAGAUCAAGGAAAUCACAAAGCAGUGGCUGAAGAAUAUUUUCCCUUCGAACAUUUUAGUGAAUUAUGUUUUCAUAUCAUAUCUGAGCCAAACAUCAGAAAAAAACAGACAACUCAUCGGACAGAAGAACACUGAAAUUAAGGAUGGAAGAAAUUUGUUACCUAAAACUGAAUGGUUCAGAGGUCUGGUGUAUGUGACAGUGAAUCCUCCAGCUGCUGUAGAUGACACCCAGGCUCUGCUUUCGACACUGUUAAUACCCACCUACAACCACAAUGAUCACAUCAUCCUAGAGACGGAUCUGGCCUCUGUGAACAUCCUUCCACAAGAAUUUAUAGACACUUUUUAUAGAGUUCAUAUGAACCUUACAAUGAACGUUUCAGUGGGGGACACAUCUGAGACCAUUCUACUCUGGCUUCGGCAAACAUUGGGAGGAAUCCACAAAAUGAAAGUUGUAAAUUUCAAGCUAACCAGUGUUCCUAAGUAUAGCUGCACCUUCCAUGUCCAGGCCCCACCUUCAGUGAAUGUCACUGAAACCAAACAAAAUAUUUUUGACCUUAUUACACAAGGAUUUGCAAAUGGUUCCAUCACAAUUAUUGUCUCAGCUGAUGAGAUCAUCAUUUUACACAUAGAGCCUGGGUUCUGUCCAGAGGAUACCACUAUAACAGUUUAUGGACAGUAUAGUUGGCCUGCCACAGCAGCAGAGGACAAGUAUAUGAUGAAGUGUGAGAAGGGAAAUGAAUUUGCUGUAAGAUUUUGUAAACUAGAUGGCAGCACUGAUGCAGCAAUUUGGGAUCUCCCAGACUUGUUCAUGUGUGACAAAGUUAUGACAGACAUCAGUGACUUAGAAAACAUCCCAGUUACACCAGACAACUCAGCUGACAUUGUGGUCAUGAUAGAGAAUUUACUGCAGAACCAAACAGACUUGAGUCCUUCUGAGCUGGACACUGUGUUGCAGAAACUGUCUGAUGUCACAAAUGUCGGUAUCAUGACGACUCAGUUAGCGAACAGCAUUAUAAACGUGGUUUCAGACCUCUUUUAUUCCACAUCUUUUCUUUCUGAAGCCACAAAUGAAAUUCUUUCUAUCACUGACCAAGUUGGAACUAGGGUGGAUUUCUCUGGAGAAUUUCACAACACCACAGUUCCUUCAUUGGCACUGCAGCUCAUCAAUCUUGAGCCACAGCUUUUCCAAGGACUCACAUUUGGAGUUUCCUCAUUUCAGACAAACCUUCCUCCUGAGAUAUUUCUUAAAGAGAACUUUAGUGAGCAGUGUAACAGUGGCACUGUGGCAUCCAUAUCCUUACCUGAUGCCCUGGAGACCUUUUUCCCCCAGAGCAGCAAAAGUCGUGUUCAGUUUCAUUUCUAUGGUACAGAACGUCUAUUCCAGGACCAGCUGAGUAGCCUGGUGCUGAAUUCCUACGUGGUUUCUGCCAGUGUAACCAAUACAAGUGUGAGCGACCUGAGGGAACCAGUCAUAAUCACUCUCCUCCAUCUUCGGCUCAAACAGGACCAGGACACUGUCCAGUGUGUCUACUGGAACUUAGAGAGGAACUAUGGAAGAGGUGGUUGGGAUGAUACUGGAUGUCAGGUUAAAUACAGCAAUGCCACUCAUACUUCAUGCCUCUGUUUUCACCUCACACAUUUUGGAGUGCUGCUGGAUAUAUCCAAAACACCAAUAAACCCCAAAGAUGAUAUGAUUCUCACAGUCAUCACAUACUUGGGUUGUGGCUUGUCCUCCAUCUUUCUAGGCAUCACUGUGUUGACUUAUAUGGCCUUUGAAAAGCUGCGGCGAGAUUACCCAUCUAAGAUCCUUAUCAAUCUUUCAGGGGCCUUGCUGGGUCUCAACAUGCUCUUUCUGAUUAACUCUUGGCUUGCUUCAUUUAACAGCUAUGGCCUCUGUAUUGCAGUGGCUGCCAUUCUUCACUAUUUCUUUUUGGCCACGUUCACUUGGAUGGGACUUGAGGCGAUUAACAUGUACCUGGCUUUUGUGAAAGUCUUUAACGUCUAUGUUCCCUCCUACAUUCUUAAAUUCUGUGCUCUUGGAUGGGGGUUACCUCUGAUAAUUGUCAGUGUUGUGCUUGCUGUGGAUAAAACCUGCUACGGUAAUACUCAAUCCCUCCUAUCAACUGAAGAGCUCUCAUCUUUCUGCUGGUUGCAGAAUAACGUAGCGUUCUAUGUGACAGUGGUGGCAUUUGUGGUGCUGAUCCUGGUCUGCAACAUCAGCGUGUUUGGUGUGGUGCUGGUGCAGAUACGAGGCAUGCAGCUUAGUAAAGAAGCAAGCCGCUGCAGCAGAAUGCUGCAUGAAAUGCGUGUGGUGGCCAGUCUCACCUUUCUGCUGGGUCUCACCUGGAUGCUGGCUUUCUUCACCUGGGGCCCGAUGCAAGUCCCUUUCCUCUACAUCUUCUCACUCCUCAAUACUCUUCAAGGCUUUUUUAUAUUUCUGUUCCACUGCCUGAUGAAAGAGAAUGUACGUAAGCAAUGGAGAAUUCACUUAUGCUGUGGAAGAUUGAAACUCCGUCGCUACUCAGACUGGAGUGGUACAGUGACGCUGGGUGGUAGAGCAAAGAGUGUAAAACCAUCUGAAACUACAAGUGAAAGGAAGAUUUCCAGUAGCAGCCAGAAAAAUGAAAAUUAAAGGAAAGAGACGGCAGCAUUCACAAUCCAGUCUGGAAGCUCCACUGUACCCAAUAUGUCUGCUAAACUAAAAUGAAGACAGUGAGCAAUUGAUUCUGUACAAUUACAUUACUUUUAUUAUGCAGUCUUUUUAUUAUGUUUUUUUUUUUUUUUUUUGUUUUUUUUUUUACGCAAGCUUCUAUGUUUGAAUACUCUAUAAAAAAGGUUGUUAAUGUCAAGAAACUAUAUACUGUUGAUCAUUUAUUGUAUUGUACACCUUCUGGUGGUUAAAGCAGUGUGUAUACAUCAAAUAAUUUGUUGAGUGUAUAUGCAGUAGAUAAAACAUACAUGGCUUUAUGUUUUUUUGUACACUACAACAUACAUUUGAUGUAGUGGUGCAGCUGACUCUUCAUGCUGCCUCAGUAACACAAACACAGACUCAAACACACAACUUAACGUUCUGUCUAUGACUGGCACUGUUGAAUGAGUACAAGUCACGUUCAGUGUUGGAUUUAUUGCUAUUCUUGCCAUGUUUGGCUGUGUUGUUAAAACAAAUGUGGCCUAUAGUAGAGUUCUGGACA